AUUUUUUAAAGAAACAGGCAACCAAAAAGUAAAAAUGUCACAGUCGCUCUCGAGAGUCCCCUGUCAAUCGCUUUUAUUUUGAAAGGUAACCCGAGCUGCUUCCGCUAUGCUGCAGGUGGGUCGCUCACGGCUUGACGCGCCUCUAGUCUGUGCAGCCUUGCGUUUGGGGUGAAGCCGCAUAAAAGCGUUUCCAUAAUGCGGGCGUGAGGUGCUCCUUGGAGUAAACGGAGGGGAUCCGGGAGGAGGACCGCGGAGUGUUAACCGGGGAGGGGGGAAGCCUGCGUGACAGGCGGCGACCAGAAUAAUUUAAAAAAAAAAAAUGUCGAACCGUAAGCACCGGGACAACCAAGAGAUCUGCGCCCGCAAGGUCCGGGAGCUGGCCCAGUCUGGAGUAAACAAACACUGCUUCGAGUGCAACCAGCCCGGGGUGACUUACACCGACAUCACCGUGGGCAGCUUCGUCUGCACGUCGUGCUCCGGAAUGCUGAGAGGCCUCAACCCUCCCCACAGAGUCAAGUCCAUCUCCAUGACAACUUUCUCCCAACAGGAAGUAGAAUUCCUCCAAAACCAUGGCAAUGAGGUGGGCAGAAGGACGUGGCUGUGCGUGUUUGACCCAAAGAAUGACGGCUGCUCCGACAUGAAGGACUCACAGAAGUUCAAAGAGUUCCUUCAAGAUAAAUAUGAGAAGAAAAAAUGGCAUUUUUCCAAAAGUAAGAACCGGAGAGAUAUGGAGGGUCCUUGGAGUCCAGGGGUUCAGGCUAUGCCCCCUUCUCAUGGUCCCUUAGCGAGCCAGGGGCCAUCCCAUAAUAUGCCUCCAAAUGCCAGAGCCACGAGACCACUGUCUCAGUCCCAGCUGCCGUCUUGGGAUCGAGCCCCCGCCAUCUCUCCCGCCGACAUGCGGACAGACGCGUUCACGGCUCGGCCGUCGCGCUCCCAAAGCUUUAGAGACCCCCCUCUGAAAGAUCCCACCCUGUGUGGGAUAGAAAGACAGCGACCAGGCUCUUUGUCGUCAACACUGGGAGGUCAGAACCACGGCCCCUCAUUCCCCGCCCUUCCACGGCCUUCAGCCAGUAGCUCGUUCAAAAACCACUUCACUUUAGGUCGGACAGUGUCGGCCUCGGGGGCUACAGGCCCCUUCAGGGCCUUCCCCAAGUCUCUGAGCGUGGACUUUGGAGGUCUGAACCAUCCCCAACCACAGCCUCUGCCUCAGUCUCUGUCCCAGCCGCAGCAGCAGCAGCAGCAGCAGCAGCAGCAACAGCAGCCUGUUGGCAUAGGUCAGACGACACCGCCGGUCAGCAGCGCCAGCGCCCAGGAUAGGUACGCUGCUGUGUCACAGCUGGACAGCGUCUUCUCUGAAACAUCGGUCACAGCUCCACCUGGUGGACCACCGCAGUACAGCGCCAUCUUCGGCAGCAGGCUCUCAUCCAGCUCAACUCCUGCCAGCUCCCCUGGUGUCGAUACCGUCUCCAGCUCCCAAAGUUUUGCAAAUUUCCCCAACCCAUUCAGCUCCAGCUCCAGCUCCGCUUCCCAGCAGCCCGUCGCCCUCUCUCCCAGUAACCCCUUCAGUAACGCUUCAGGAGGUGACUCCAGUGCGUUUGUCACCUCGCCCACCUCCGUUUUUCCUCCGUCCGGCGCUUUCCCAGCGGCUGCUACCCAGAAUGCAUUUCCUCAUGAGUCAGCCACCAAUCAGGAAGCAAAUGGUUUUGCCUCCUUCCCCACGUCUGACUCUCAGUCCAAAGUCCCUCGGCCCAUGUCGGUGAACCCUUUCACGGGGAAUGUUUACCCCAGUCGGGGGACGUCAAAAAAUCCUUUCAUCUGACCCCCCUGUUUCCCCACCCUUUCCCUCUCUCUCUCUGGGAACUGAAGGAGGAGCUGCUGCCAUUUCAAUGCCUCUGGAGUAUUUUCACCUUCCCCCCCUCAGGGGAGAGUCGCGCAUCCACGCCACCCUCCCUCCCCUCCCCAUCUGUCUUCGUUUACGUGUUUGUGGAGAGGAAAAACAAAAAACAAACAAAAAUGCGCGAAUGCAGUUCACAAAAUCCCUGUCUGUAUGUGCAAGAGUGUCGGCCUGCUGUGUUUGUGCCACGUGACGUAUGUCAAAAGGUGUUUGUGUGCCAGUAGACGCCACCUCAGGGCUCUGUGGGAGUCACGACGCCUCUAUGACUUUUCUUUUUUGCUGAGAUGCACUCACCUAUAUUACACACACACAUGUGUUGCUGCUGCUAUUUGCUUUCAUCUCCUGCUUAGAAGUGCAAAAAAAAGAGAGAGAGAGAUAUAAAAAAAAAAAAAAUCCCUCGGCCCAUGAGUAAGUACGUCAGCGCUGUCUCCCGCUUUAAAACUUUUGAGUCUCGGAGAAGCCAGCUGAGACUCUGACCCUGCAUCACGAGCAUCCGCAGAUGGUUUUAACAGCCUUAACAGCCUCCUGAUGCAUGUGAAUCGGUGUCCGAAGAUAAGACGGGCUUGUCUCUGUGGGGUGUGAGUGCGGGUGCGUGUUUGCAUUCGUCAUUGUUGCUGUUUUUUCUUUCUCUUUUUUUUUUGUUUUGUUUUGUUUUUGUUGUUGUCAGGUUUCCUUGCAAAGGAUGAUCUACGUUUUCCACUCUCAGGCUGCAUGCGCUUAGAGGGCUAAAAAGGAGCUACUGAAUGUAAAAGCAACUUCAGAGUAACUUAAAUGUGUAUAAAGAUCUUCAUCGCUUCAUGUACUGGACCAAAACCUUUAUUCUGCUUUUUUUCCCCCCUUUGGUUGACAUGAAGUUUAAUUCUCUUAUUUUGCCAAAAAUAAAAAGAAGAGAUUCAUGUAAGAGCGUAUUUGUAACUACAAGUAUUCAUGUUCAUAAAAUCAGUUUGUUGCUUCUUAAA